CCAUGCAGCAGCGGGCGCGGCGAGCGCGGGGGGCCCGGGGACCUGCGGGGAUGCGUCUGAUGCUUUGCUUCCUGCUGUUGAGCAGCUGCCCUGGGGGCUGGGACGCCAUUAGUCCCCACGGCUGUCUCUUUGCCCGAAGACUCUGCUCUUACCUGGAAGUCUGUGCCAAGGAGGGACAGCCCCAGGUGGGCAUGCAGCCACCCAGGUCCCGGCAAGGAGUCGUCAAGCUGGUCUUCCGAUACUGGCAAGAUGUGCUUCAGUGGCUCAUGCCUCAAGGACUGUUCUGGAAGGAUGAUGUCACUCAAGAUGUAAAGACCCAGAAGAUGGAGCACAUGCCCAGGCUUCACACCUCAGAGACCUACAUGAGGGAUGGGUAGACAGCCUUUCCCACCAAAACCACCACGCUGAGAGCCCAGUGACCAAGGUGAACAAGGAACAAUGCUUGAACUCUAGAAUGGUUUCGGAGGUCCUGAACCAAGCAAGAGAUGACCAACCACAGCAAGGCCCCACGGCAGGUGAAGGCCUGCCCUUGUCCAGGAACACUGAGCCCACCAAAGGUCUGUUUACAGAGGGAGACAGGGUGAAGGAGGGGAUAGACAUUGGUUGAUAAGGAAUGAUUUCACUGAGACUGAUGGAGAACCUUCUGGAAGAGAGGGCCUGGAGGAUGGAAAAGAACAGAGCCAGCCCAAUCUUCACCCUGCCACUGCCCAGCCGUGACCUUGGACACAUUACCUAGGCUCUUCAAGUCCCUUCUUCCACAUCUGUAAAAUGAGAAUGGUAAUAAAGACGACCCUUCUGGUGUUGCUGUGUGGAUCAAA